AUGGCGGACAUGCAGCAGCUGAGCGGACAGAGCCUGGAGCUUGUACCCGGGUCUAUGGAGCCUGUUCCCGGCCGUGUGCUGCCUCUACCCGGGUCUGUCGAGGCUCUAUUCCCCGCAGAGGAGCACCAGGCUCCCGCGGACAUGGACCCGGAGCUGGCCCGCCUGUCAGCGCGGAUCCUCGGCUGGCUGCAGCAGUACGAGCUGCUGCUGUUGUGGGGGCAGCGGCUGUUGGUUUGGGAGAGGCCCGUGUGCAGUGUGUCCGCGGCCGUCACUCUCAACACGCUGUUCUGGUUACUGUCAUCCACGUCUCUUCGGCCCCUGUUCCUCCUUAGUGUGUCAUUGCUCGGCCUGAUGCUGCUGGAGCGCUGGAAGCACCUGCUGUUCCGCGUGACACAAACAGCAGCUGAGCCGAUACAAAGGGGGGCAGAAGAGCUGGAGCCCCGCCUCCUCUCAGUCACGGAGCUCUCUGUACAUCUGGCCGACAGCUUCCUCAGCUGCUGCUCGUAUCUGCAGGAGAUGAUGGCCUACAAACACAGCCACCCUGGCAAGUUUUGUGCUCUGACCUGCGGGAGCUGCCUCCUACUGGCUUUACUUGGUCAUUACGUUCCUGGAGUCAUGAUCUCAUACAUCAUUGCCCUUAGCGUGUUGCUGUGGCCACUGGUGGUGUACCAUGAGCUGAUCCAGAGGAUGUACACAGGACUGGAGCCAAUCCUCAUGAAACUGGACUACAGCAUGAAGGGAGAGACAGACCGGAGGAAGGAAAAGAGGAAGGUGAAGAAGGAGCAGGAGGUCGGAACAGAGGGCAGAGCCGACACAGAGACUGAGAGUGAGGAAGAGGAGGAGCUGUGCUGCUUUGCCGCCACGGUGGACGUGAAGACGACGGCCCUCGCCAUGGCGAUCACGGACUCUGAGCUGUCUGAUGAAGAGGCGUCCAUCUUGGAGAGUGGAGGUUUCUCUGUGUCCAGAGCCACAACACCGCAGCUCACAGACGUCUCUGAGGACCUGGACCAGCAGAGCGUGCACUCAGACCCAGAGGAGGCCUUCCUCAGAGACCUGCCAGAGUUCCCCUCAGUGGAGGAGUUUGAGCCUCAGAGCCUCCUGUUCCAGAGGGCAGAAGAGCCACUGAGCCCUGCCUCCCUCCUGCUGCAGCACCUGGCCUCACCCCUGCACUUUGUCAACACUCACUUCAAUGGGCAUGCUCCAAGCACACACAUACAGGUCCAAACCUCGGACCAGACCUCGGACCAGACCCCAGACCAGACCCCAGCGGUGAGGGACCAGGCCCAGCGCUCUCUGGAGGCCCUCAGUGAGCAGAUUGUGACUACAGCCAUCUCCACUGUGGUCCACAACACUCUGUCUGCUCUGCUGCGCUCUGGGGAGCCAGAGGAGGAGCAGGAGGAGGACCAGUUUCUGCCCACCACUAUGGACUGUUCAAACGCAGUGGAGGAGGAGGUCAUGGCAGAGCCAGGAGACGAGGAGGAGGAGGUCACUAGUGCAUCCUGCACAGUCCCAGUGCAGGAUGAUGAAGUCACUUCGACAGUCGAGGAGGAGGAGGAGGAGGCGGUCACCACGACUGUCCAAGAGGAGGAGGAGGAGGCGGUCAACACGACUGUCCAAGAGGAGGAGGAGGAGGCGGUCACCACGACUGUCCAAGAGGAGGAGGAGGAGGCGGUCACCACGACUGUCCUGGAGGAGGAGGAGGAGGAGGUCACCACGACAGUCCUAGAGGAAGAGGAGGAGGACUUUGAGCUCCUGGACCAAAGUGAACUGGACCUGGCCGCCGAGGAGCUAGACGCGCUCUCCAACAUCACGUAG